AGUGCCAAAGAACCUGUGACAGCUGUCACUAUACGGUCAAAGGAAAAAUCCAACAUAAAUCGUUAAAAAUGAGCGGAGAUUUCGUGUGGGCCGUCAAAAACGGCGAUCUGGAACAAGUCAAGGAUUACAUCGAAAAAAAGGCUGUGAAUGUGAACGAGCAAGUGGAUGGGCGCCCCUUAAUUCUCUACGCCGCUGAUUACGGCCAAAGAGACGUUAUAGACUAUCUGGUUUCAGCUGGAGCCGAUGUAAAUUCGAAAGACAAGCAUGGCAUAACCGCCAUCCUGGCGGCUAUUUGGGAGGGCCACAUCGAGUGCGUGCGGUUGCUGCUGGAAAAGGGGGCCUCAAAAGAGGGCACAGCCCCCGACGGAAAAUCCUACGUGGACUCUGCCGAAAGCAACGAAAUACGGCAACUUCUAGUCUAACCGCUAAAAAAACGAAUCGAACCCAGACUCCAGUCCUCGUAACUAUGACGAUACACCCAAAUCAACAAGUUUUGACAGCUGUCAAAUUAAAAAAAAUGACAGAUGUCAAAAAUGUUUCGAUUGCUGACGUGUGUUUUUUGACGUUCGACGUCAAAAAAUCAAACGCUGGAAUCGAAAAUAACGUCUAUUUUAAUAUAAGUCAUCGAAUUUUUUUUUGAUAGUCUGUAACACAAGCAGUCAUUAAAUUUGUUGUAUUUUUAUGAGCAAACCAAAAAUUUGCUAUUGAUGCUGUCCGUAAAUGUAUUUAACGAGAAAAAAAGUAUAUAAAAUGAUCUUUAGAUUGCUUAAAUUAUGUUUAUUUUUAUUUUGUAGUUUACUAAGUUUUUAUAAAGUAUUUAUUUCUGAGUAAAG